CAUCCACAGUCCUUGAUUGGACAAUGACAGAGCUACUAAGACAUCUAGACAUCAUGCACAAACUCCAGGAUGAGGUGAGAUCAAUUGCAGGUUCCAAAACCCACAUCAUAGAGGAUGAUUUGGAAGCAAUGCAUUAUUUGAAAGCAGUGAUCAAAGAGACUCUUCGUUUACAUACUCCAGCUCCAUUACUAGUUCCCAGAGUCUCGAGAACACAAGUGGAGAUCAAUGGCUAUGAAAUCCAACCAGGUUCUCAUGUCUAUAUCAAUGCCUGGGCUAUUGGAAGAGACCCAAUUUCAUGGGAAAGACCCGAAGAGUUCGACCCAGAUAGGUUCUUGAGAAGUGAUGUGGAUUAUAAAGGCCAUGAUUUCAGGUUGAUUCCUUCUGGAUCUGGAAGAAGGGUUUGUCCUGGAAUUCAAUUUGCCAUGGCUAUCAAUGUCAGGAUCUGUCCAAAAUUCAUCACCGGAAUCCUAGACAAGCUCUGA